CAGCUGGGCCAGCAACAAUACUCACACGAGGCUCCCACACAGUCCUGCACUAUUUUGAAAAAAAAAAUCAAUUAUGUCAACAGAAUUUGUGCCGCCAAUAGAUAUCUCAGAAGACAUCUUGGAUAAACGAGAACAGCAUUGUAAGCUUUUAGAAAACCUUUCUGAACAACUGAUGAGGAACUGUGAUCUCCAAAUGAAAGCAAGGAGUGGAAAUAACAAUCAAGUUUCAACAGUGGAAAUGGACCAAAAACAGCCUAGGAGAAAAGAUACACCAGCCUUCCACAAGCCCCCAUUUGUACCAGAUUUUUCUGAAAUACUGUUGAAGAAGUUUGAUGAAAUAGAGAAACAACAAGCAAGCAAAAUCUCUGUUCUUACUAAAGAGCCAAUCCUGAUAAAACCCAGAAGAAAAGACACUCCUGCAUUGCACACAUCACCACUUCUCUCAGGUGGAAAACUUCUGAAGGAAGAUAGUGGAACCAUAAUUGUGGAGAGUGAAGAAAAUGAUGGAUAAUAAGUCAAAAAAUAUGUCCCUAAUUACUUUACAAUCUAUACAACCACUAUUCUAUAACACAGGGUUCAUUCAUAAGGGUUUUUUAAAAUGUAAAACAAACAACUGUAUUGGGAUGAUUUGUACAUUUUAUAUCUUAUUUGUACACAUUUUGUUGUUAUAAUAUAUUCAUGUGAAAUUAAUUUUGCAGUAUCAUUU